AUGAAGGAACUAAUCACGCUGCAUAAGCCUAUCAUUCUGGAUGGAGGGAAUUUCGGACAUUGGAAGGCUAGGAUGCAUCACAUAAUCAGGGGUAUUGAUGAAGAUGCUUGGACUGCAGUUGAAGAUGGGUGGUCUGCUCCUACUGUGCUGAUGGAGGACAACUCGUUAGGUCCUAAACAGAAAGAUAAGUGGACUGACUCUGAAAAGGCUGCGUCAAAGUUUAACUCAAAGGCGCUCACUGCCAUAUUUUCUGCAGUUGAUCUCGAUCAAUUCAAGAUCAUUCAAGGGUGUGAAUCAGCAAAAGAAGCAUGGGACACCUUGAUAAAUCACUUUGAAGGUAACACCAGUGUUCGAAGGACCAGAAUUGAUCACCUUGCCUCCAGGUUCGAGAAUCUACGAAUGGGAGAUGAUGAACCAAUUGAUGGUUUCAUAUCCAAACUCAGUGAACUGGCUAGUGAAUCCUCUGUUAUGGGAAAAAAGUACGAAGAGAAAGAUCUUGUGAAGAAGUUACUAAGAUGCUUACCACCUCGAUUUGAAGCCUACAAAGCAGUGCUAAACAUCGUUGUAGACACUGACGAGAUGAAGUUUGAUCAACUCUCAGGGAUUCUGAAGGUACAUGACCUCGAGAAAACUGACAGACUCACUGAUACACAGAAGAGUAUUGCGUUUGCUGCUGAAUCAAAGGAGGAGGACAGGGUUGCUAAGAUUGAAGAGAAUCUUGGUUUAAUGGCACGUAACUUUAACAAGUUUGUCAAGAGAAUGGAGAAAGGAGGAAGUAGAUCAAGCGGUCGUUUCCAGAAGAAUGAUUCAGAUCGUGGUUCCAGACAAGAUGCAUCUAGAGACUCCAAGAAAAAGGAGUUACAGUGUCAUGAAUGUGAGGGGUAUGGACACUUUCGCAACGAGUGCCCUCUCACCAAGCGUAAGGAGCUGAAGUGUAUUGAGUGCAAAGGCUAUGGUCACACUCGUAGUGAGUGCCCUAACAACCUAAAGAAGGAGAAAUCCUUGAUGAGUUUUAGUGACACAGAUUCAGACAGUGGAAGUGAUAAAGAAGAGCUUCACUUAAACUUCAUGGCUCUGAUUGGGCAAGAUGUGGAUUUGACUAGCACGACAGAAGCCAGUGCAGUAGAUAGAGAAGAUGAGGAUGAGCUAAAUCACGACCUUGAAACAGAGUAUAAGACAUUGUUUAAUCAGUUUGCUGAACUGAGUCAUGAGAAUCUACAACUGCUGAAAGAUAAAGCAAUGCUGAAAGCUCAAGUCAAUAUCCUGGAGUUGGAAAAGCCAGGAAACCAAACCUCACCUCUCUCACCGCUGAAGGAAUCUGAUCAAGAGCUACUAUCGGUCAAACGAGCCAUGGCUGAACAAGAACGAGUUCAGAAACUGUUCGAGAUGAAAGUAGGUCAACUGAGUGAGCUAUUUGAAAAGGAGAUGGACAAAAGCAAGUUACUUGAAAGUCAACUAGCUGAGAAUCAUAAGCAGAUCAGAAUGCUCUCCGUGGGAACAUCAACUCUGGAUCAUCUCCUAACCAUUGGACAGUGUCCUAGUACUAACCGAGGACUGGGAUUUCAAGGAUCUACCUCCAAGACUUCCUCUGAGAAACCAAUCUUUGUGAAGGAAGCAGCUAACGAAAUCAAAGUAACUAAGCAAGAGAAAGGCAAAGCUGUCGUCAGUAAUGCUGUGGUCGAACGUAAAAUACACAAUCCAAGGAGAAGGAAUGGGUGUCACUUCUGUGGAAAACUUGGUCAUCACGUCAGAUAUUGCUACUUUUGUCAGAAUCAGUAUCAACGUGCUUGGAGAAUGAAUCUGUGCUAUUUGGAACCGACUAUAUAUGGUGGAGUAUGGAUUGCUAAACGAGACUUGUACCCAAAUUACAAGGAAAAAGUGCCGGUUGUGUCACACAAUCAAAUCAGUGAGUCAUAUCUUCAGGAGGAAAUCACAUUGUCCUGUAAUUUCUCAAGUACUCUUCAUGAGAAAGAGUUUCUAAGCAACGUAGCCUAUACGAGUGCUGACGCUGAUGCUCCAGAAGAGUUACCAUGGUACUUUGACAGUGGAUGUUCAAAACAUAUGACUGGAAAGCUUGAAUAUCUUGAGAAGCUCGAGCUUAUUAAAGGCGGAAAAGUGACUUUUGGAGAUGGUGCUCAAGCUAAAAUUCGUGGUGUAGGGAUAACAGACAGAGCUGAUCUCCCAUGA